UGAAAUUUCCAAUAUGGCGGCGUGCAAGGAGCGGGAUUUUAAAAGUUUCUAUUUGCAAAAAUAUUUAAUCGUUUUUGCACAAGAACACAUCAAUUUUCGCUUAGAGGUAUUAUUAUUCGUUGUCGUUUUUACGUAGAAGUGAUUUCUUUAAAGUUGGCUUGUGAAAACGUGUAUAUUUCAAAUCAUAUAAGAAUCUUUAUAAUUAAUCUAGAUUUUCCAAGUUUAAUAGCCUAAACAGGUUCUUAUGUCAUUUACAUUCACAUCCUGCUUACCAGGAAAUUAGGCUAAACAGGUUCUUAAAUAGGUUCUUAUUUUCUGAAGAGAAAAGCGACUCAUUUUAGGGAGGUAUGGUAUAUGAUUUAUAUAAAUUACGCACAAAUAAUCUAAGAAAUGACAGUAUAUGCAUUAUACCAACCGUAUAUGCACUUUAAAGCUACACUGAUUGUAACUUAUGACUUAAUUUUGACUUUAGUUGAUAAUAUAAGAAUUUGUUUUGAUUUAGCCUGAUUGCCCGAACAGGUUCUUAUUUAAAGGCAGUCUAAAUACAAUAUUUAGUCUUACUGCAGGGUUCGAAAUAGCUGCCAGCUUCUGGCAAUAGCUGGCAGUUUUAGGACCUUGCCAGUGAUUUUUAAUUUCAAAGCAUAGAGGAUCGGCGAUGACUCGCUUACAAUAACACCGUACAUAUACACAGAACUUGUUAAUGUUUGUUCCUACACCAAAUAAAAUGUAUUACUGCAUUCUUACAAAUGUUGUGUUGGUUUAUAUCACUAUUAUUUGGCCUAUGCCCACUCCAGAACAUAACUAAACUUUGCUUGGAAAAUAGCUGGCAAAAAUUUUCACCUACGAAAAACAGCCUACAAAAUUUGACAUAUUUUCGGAACGUAACAAUAUUUCGAACCCUGUUACUAGUUCUUAAAUUCUAGGUUCUUAUGUGCAGGGUCUUACUGUAUUAUUUUCAGUGCUUUCAGACACUUCAAAAAUGAUAUUUUGUAGGAGCUGCACUCAGUCUGUUCACUUCUUGACAUAUUGAUUGAUGGGCAAUCUUUGCAAACUGAGGUAACUAAUUAAAAACAUUAAAUUAAUAUAAUAUAAUAUAAGUUUUGAUUUAGGAUAAAUUAUAUACCGGUAUUUAUUUUUAUGCUAAAUUUAGAAUCCAUUUGUUGUUGUUGGGUUAAAGGAUGACAAAGAAGCCACAAAGAUUGCAUCAAGAUCAAUAUUAAUAAAGUAAUGUGCGUCUAGAUAUACCAUACCUCAAUAUCAUGACCAACAGGUCAUACUAAUUAAUUACCAACAAGUUGACAACAGCUACCAAAUACUAGCAACAAAUGGGCAAAUACCGACAACAAGUCGGCAACAUUCCUAGAUUGACAAAAACUAUCAAACACUGAAAAACAGUCAAACUGAUUUGACCAAAGUUGCAUUGCAUAUCUUCAGUUAAGUACAUGUAAGUUAUGUAAAUACCACAACUCAGUCACUAACUUGUUUAGCCUAGCCUUCCAACAACUCAAUUCUAUAGGGUAUGGGAUGUGCUGCACUGGAAAAUUUGUAAAAUCUAUGGUACAUACAACACAAUGUUUAGCAUUUUUAAAAAGAUAUUGAGUCAUUUGAAGAUAAACAACAGGGCAUAAUUAGAUUCACAAAGCAAAUUUCAGUUACUAGAAUAUCAAAUCUCCCAAGUUUAAAUUUCAUUUUUCUUCUAAUGUUUUGCUUAUAUUUUAGAGAAAAUGGACUGGGGGGGGGGGGGUUAGGGCAAAAUGGUUGAUUGGAGUGCCACCAUGGGUGCUGGGCUGCUCCCCCUCUCUCUCAACCAUUUUAAACCCCCAGUCAAAGUCCAUUUUCUCUAAAAUAGCAAAACAUUGGAAGAAAAAUGGAAUUUAGAAGGGAGACUCAGACUCUAUAGAUUUGAGUUAGGCUAAACAAGUUAGUGACCAAGUUGUGAUAUUUACAUAAACAUACGAUCCAAGUACUUAACUGACGAUUUGGUCUAUCUACAGUAUAAUGUAACACUGUAUAUCCAAAAAUCUGUUUCAGAAAAUGCAUGAAAUGCAGUCCUAGGGGUGGAAAAAUAAAAUAAUUUUCCAGGGGAAAAUCCCCCCAGGCCUCUUUAUUACAUACAUGCGACACCACACCAAACUUUUUAUCACCAACAAUGGUCCCUAGAUGCCCCUCCCCCGGACGAAUUCUUAAAAAAACGCCUUGGGCUCAUUGGGACCUCAAGUUAAAUGUCCCCUUUUGUUUAAUAGAGGUGUCCGCUGGAUAGGGGUAAUGAUAAUAGUAUUUUGUUAAAGAAAUCAUGACAGUCCCCAUUAUGUACUAUUUAAAACACGACAACAAGUGUUUUGAAUAGCUUAAAAUACGACUACAAAAGAAUACUAAUUAGGAUGAACCAUAGUAUAAUCAUGCUAAUUAAGAUGAACAAUUAUAUAAUACCACAUGUGUUUUAUCAGAUAUAAAGUCACUCCACGUGACAUAUUAUGGCUGACAUGAUUUGCCACAAGGUUUAUGAAUUAUUAAUGAGUGUUUUAAGGUAUGAUAUGAUAUCGUUCACGUUUAAUACUCUUAGGUCAAUUUUCAAAUUGUAUGGAUCUGGGGAAACUUUGGAGAAAUUGAUUCAAAUUCUCAAGCAGUAUAACGUUGAUGACAUUGUAAGUGUACACUCAUAAUAUUCAUUCUUGGAAUUAUUACCAUUGGCAUUCAAGCAUUACACAGACCAACAGGCUCUAUACAGUAGACUUGGUUCUAUCUCAGGAGAAAAGUAGGGAGAGACGGACUUAGGACAUUUGCAGCAUUUCGAACAUUACUUGCAAAAAUUGGCGUGAAAAUUUGUUAUUGUUCUCAACUCGCUUAAGCCACGCCUUCGUAGGACAAAUUCGACGGUAAAAUUUGAAGGGUAUCCAAGUCCGUCUCUCCCUACUUUUCGCUCAUAUUUUCGCGCCUUUUUUGACCGCUCGCGUGCGUCGCUAUUUUCAACCCCUUGAGAGACGGACUUGAACCGAGUCUAGCUCUACAGUAACAAGUUGUUUGAAAGAAUUUUUUACAAAAAAUUUAUUGCUUCACAAUCAGUGGUGUAACUUUACUUUUUGACCACUUGCCCUCAGGGCAAGUUGGACAUGAAAAUUAGUUGCCCUGAGUAAAAUUCACUUGCCAUCAGACAAUGGCCACUGGGGUACCUAGGUAGGGGGUAUAAAUUAAGGGGACAACUUGUCGACCCGUUCUCCCACUGCAGCUCUAUAUGGCUAUGUUAUACUGCCUCAGAUCUAGCUUUGGGCCACAAACCCCCCCUCCCCCCAAAAAAAUAAAUUUUGAACCAAGUACAUGCACUAUAAAAAAAUUAUCCGGAAAUGAAAACAUAAACUUAAAGAUGCCCAGCUUGUUGUGGCAAGACGACUAGCCCAAUUGGGCAAGCAAAAUAGAGAUAAAAUGUUUACUUGCCCGUCAUGAUAUUCACUUGCCCCGGGCAAGUGUUAAGUUACACCUCUGCACAAUUAUAUGUUUCACAUUAGUAUUCAACGUCAUUAGUUCAACGUAAAUUUGCGUAAUCUUUAAUAUUUAUGAUCUUUUCUAGUUAGAACCUUCAAGAAAAGAUGACAGUUUUAAGAUUAAUGUGGAAAGUUUUAACAAGAAAUUAAGCCAUGAAAAAAAGCUACGCUACAUCGAGGUACCAUCAUAAGCGGUGGCGGAUUGUUUAGUUACGGGAGAGGGGUUAGGUGAACUGUACGUGGUUCAGAGCGUCAUGCUCGGGGACCAGAAAUACAGAUACAGAUACAGAUAUUUCACAGCACACUCCCUAUCAGGGCUUUUAAGUGACUGGUUACAUUAUGAAUAGAUAGAUAGAACCGGACAGACGUGAAGCAGACCGAGGGAGACUUCGAGCUUACAAAUCGCGCUUGAGCAGCCGCUAUUAGUCCAUACCUCAUUAAUGAUCUGCCUCCAGACCUAUGUGCCUAACCCACCCUGUCAACCUUCCCUGUGGGAGGAAACACGGAGUACCCGGAGAAAACCCACGACUUUCGGCAGGGCGUUGACUCUUACUCUUUUCACAUGAGGACUGGGUACAUUGAGAAGUUCUCACUGAGAUUUGAACCUACGGCCUUAGAGGUGAAUGGCAAGUGCGCUAACCACUUCGCCACCGAAGCUGAAUUCUCUGAAAUGGUAUUUCCUGCGUUCUGUGGAUCAAAGAUUUGACGUGUAGAAAUUACAUGGAUGGGUUUUUGUACGUGCUACUCAGACAAGUUGCAGUCAAGCGAGCUUUAUGAAUACAACUAACAAGAUGUGUUAGGGAAUGAGUGCUCUCCCAGUGAGUAGAACGUUAGACUCGCAACCCCACUUGAGUGUCCCUCUCUUGAAUGUUACUUAAGGGUGAGUGUGAGUAAGCUUUUAGAAUACAGGAGUAUGGGCCUAUUUGCUAAAAUACAGGCAAUAAAUUUGAACAGUGUAAGGGUAAGUAUCAGCAAAUUUUGGGUAUCUCACUCAAGUAGUAUCCCAAAGGUCGCGGGAUCGAUUCCCACUGUCGCCAAGCUAACUUUUCAGCUUGCCCGGUGUGGAUGCACACUCAGAGUAACAUCACAAACAUCAUAUUCACCUGAGUACACAACACCUGACCAACACACACGAAAUAAUCGAUAUAACUAGUUGUUGAAGAGAUUGUAGUAAUUUCAGUGGAAUUUUUCGGCAUUUAGGCCCCAAUUAGGCCCAGGUUCAGAUACAGAUAUUUCACAGCACAUUCCCUAUCAGGGCUUUUCAGUGACUGGUUACAUUAUGGGUAGAUAGAUAGAUAGAUAGAUAGAUAUAGAUAGAUAGAACCGGACUGACGUGAAGCAGACCGAGGUAGACUUUGAGCUUACAAAUGGCGCUUGAGCAGCCGCUAUUAGUCCAUACCUCAUUAAUGAUCUGCCUCAGACCUAGUACCCAGAGAAAACCCACGACUUUCGGCAGAGCGUUAACUUUUUACUCUUUUGACACGAGGACUGGGUUCGAGUCACAUUGAGAAGUUCUCACUGAGAUUUGAACCCAACGGCCUUAGAGGUGAAAGGAAAGUGCGCUAACCACUUCGCCACCGAAGCAUCGGAGCGACAUCAAAUGGAAGCUUCAAGAUUGUUGUUCUAAUUAUUUAGAGUUUGACAUUUCUACCACUUGAUGGAGACGUUGACUUACGAAAUCCUGGCACGAUAUUUUCAUUGAUGUUAGAUCACAGUACCACGCAAGAGUCGGGUGUUCCCACUAGAUUAUUCUUUGGACGAUUGGUAGGGUUUUUAAUUUUCAACGCAGGCUCAACUCUUUAUUAGUGUAUUAGUAGUUCCAGUACCUCGCUGAGGAGGCAAGUCGAGACUGUUUUUUCUCUUUAACGCUAGACGAUCCCACUUGUGAAUGGGAAGAUCCUAUAAGAUGUUGGAGAAUUAAGUUAUUUAUCAUAUUUUCGGAAUAUAUUGCCUUUGAUGGCGAGGUACAUGGACGUUACAUGGUUAGCGCUCUAUCCUCCGUAUAUAUAUAUAUAGAGGUCGUUAAUUGUACUUCGGACAUCUUCGGCAGAUCUUGGAGUUUAAUUGUACUUCGGACAGAUCUCAGAGUUUAAUUGUGCAUCGGAAAUCGUCGAACGGAUCUCGGAGUUAAUCGGGAUAUCACUUGACCGACCAAGGAACCCGGGUCUUCCAGCUUGAUCAUGAAAGGCAAGCGUGGUGCCCACGACACUCGAUCAUCUGAUUUCUAACUUCAGUUGCAAGUUAUGCUAGGAUAGUUUAAUGCCAGGAUCAGGGAUUUACACAAGCACUUUUCUGCUACCAGCAUACGGUAGUAAAAACUCAAUCUUCAAUUGAGUUUCGAAACUCAAUCUUUCUCCGUAAUUACAUUUUUCAGAAUAUAUUUUGAAGAAGUUGUGGCAAAUGUGAAUAGUUAAUAAUAUGUUUUUCAAUUGGGACUAGUUAAUCGCAAAUUCUUCAACAAGCUGGGGGGACUGUUCUCCGACAAAAACUCAAUCUUAUAUGUGGUGUUUAUAUUCCUCCAGAAAAAUCACCAUACUAUGAUGAAGAAAUAUUUAAAGAUUUAGAAAAUGAUAUUGCAGAAUUCUCCACAAAAGGAAACAUCAUGUUACUAGGAGAUUUCAAUGCCCGCACAAGUAAACUAGAAGAUUUUGUGUCCAAAGAAGGAAGUACCUUUAUAGGUGACAUUACCGAAACAUCCUACACCCCGAAAAAUAGGGAGAAUUUUGAUAGCACAGUGAACAACCAUGGAAAAUGUUUAAUUGAGCUAUGUAAGACCUGUAACUUAAGGAUCUUAAAUGGCAGAACACUAGGCGAUUCAUUUGGUAAACCAACUUUCCAUGGAAAAAAUGGAACCAGUCUAGUUGAUUACAUCAUCUGUGACCAAGAUUUAAUCCAAAAUAUUAAACAUUUCACUGUAAAACCUCCAACAUAUUUAUCUGACCACAGUCAAAUCUUAACAUGGAUCAGAACAAAACAACAAAACACUCCAGAAUCCACUUAUCCCACUCCUACAAAUACAUCUACCACUACAAUUUCACAUAAGCUCCCCUUACAGUUUAUAUGGGAGAUCAACACAGCAACUACUUUCAAGGAAAACUUGAAAUCAACUUAUACUCAAAGAAAACUUGACGAAUUAAUUAAUUCAAACCCUCCUGCAACCAAAGAAGGUUUGAAUAACUUUUCUAAUCAAUUUCAAGAAAUAAUUUCAGAUGCGGCCAAGAAGUCACUUAGAAUUAAAAAGACUAAAUAUAGAAAUAAAAUCACAAAUGUAUGUAACAAAAAAUGGUUUGACAAAGAAUGUCGUCUAAAAAGGCACUCUGUCAGAAAACUAGCAAAUCAAAAACACAGAGAUCCCUUGAACUCCGAAAUUCGAAAGAAAUACCAUGAGGCUCUAAAGAUAUAUAAAGAUACCUUGAAACAUAAAAAAGAUAUUUUUCAUGAGAAAAAACUCGAGGAUUUGGAAAUAGCUGCCGAGACUGACCCAAAUUCAUUCUGGAAAAACCUGAAAAACAUGAGUGACAGCUGUGAUGAUCUCUCUUCUAGCUCAACACAAAUAACCAACCAAAAAUGGAUAUCGCACUUUGAAAAUCUACAUACAAAACACAACUUAGGCCCCAAGCAAGAAGGUAUCCUUAAAAAUUUAGAACUUCUUGAAAACAACAUUGAUGACAAUAACACUCUUGAUGACCCAAUUACAGAAGACGACAUUAUAAGUGCAGCUACAAAACUAAAGCAUAAGAAAUCUGCCUACUCUGAUAGGAUAAGGAACGAAAUGAUAAAAUUUAGUGUGAACAUUCUGCUUAAAGGCUAUCAUAAAUUGUUUAAUAUGAUUCUAGAGUGUGGAAUUUUCCCUGAGAAAUGGUGCGAAGGUCUUUUAACCCCUAUUUUUAAAUCUGGAGACAAACAAGAUCCUAACAACUACAGAGGAAUAUGUGUGACAAGUUGUAUUGGCAAAUUCUUUUGUUUAAUUCUAAAUAAACGAUUGAAUGAUUUCACACAAGAAAAUAAUUUAGUUCACCAUUCGCAAAUUGGAUUUCAAUCAGGACAUAGAACAGCCGAUCACGUUUUCACCCUAAAAACGUUAAUUGAUAAGCAUGUCACCCAAAACAAAAACAAUAAAAUUUAUGCAUGCUUUGUUGACUUCAAAAAAGCAUUUGACUCUGUCUGGCAUGAAGGCCUAUACUCUAAACUAUUAAAAUACAAAAUUGGGGGAAAUUUUUAUCGUCUAAUUAAGAGCCUUUAUUCUAACUCUAAAUGUGCAGUCAAAUUAUCCAAAUCCAGAACAACAUUCUUCCCUUAUUCCAAAGGUGUUCGCCAAGGAUGCACAUUAAGUCCACUCUUAUUCAACCUUUACAUAAACGAGCUAACAACAUUAUUUAAUAAUACUGACUCAGACCCCUUCAUACUGCCAAAUGGCUCAAAAUUGAACUGUCUUCUCUAUGCUGAUGAUUUGAUCAUCCUGUCUAGAUCAAGAUUUGGACUACAAAAAUGCCUAAAUGAACUCCAAAAUUGGUGCAGUAAAUGGCUAAUGGAGGUUAACUUAAAGAAAACAAAAGUAAUGAUUUUUCAAAAAGGAAAUAAGAAAAAGACUAAACCAAGCUUCACAUUAGACAGCAAUACCAUAGAAAUUGUACAAGAAUAUUGCUACCUAGGAAUUAAGCUUAACUCAAAUGGUAAAUUCACAUUAGCUAUGAAACAACUUGGUGAAAAGGCACUUCAUGCCCUAUACAGUAUAAGAAGACAUCUCAAUCUACACAAUUUAAACCCAAAACUAGCUAUCAAAAUAUUUGAUACCAUAAUAUCACCAAUUCUUUUAUACAACUCAGAAGUGUGGGGUGCUUAUAUCAAAAAUGACUUUAACAAUUGGGAUAACUCUCAGAUUGAAAAAACACACUUGAGAUUUUGCAAACUAUACUUGGGUGUUGGGAAGAAAACAACAAAUAUUGCUUGCAGAAGUGAACUAGGAAAGUUUCCACUGAUAAUCAAUAUUUACAAGCGACUAUUCAAAUACAUUAUUCAUCUAAAUUCACUACCUGAAGAAGCACUUGCCAAACAAGCUUUUCUUAUCUCGAAAGACUUACACUCCAAACGAAUUACCUCGUUCUAUGGAAAUAUUAUGGAUAUUUUGAAAUCCUAUAACUGCAACACACAAAUAACAUAACUGGAAUCAAUCGCAAUUCAAACACUAAGCUUUAUCCAUGACAACAUAAAGCAAAAAUAUCUUAAUUUUUGGAAACACAAACUCGAAAACUCCUCCAAACUAAAGUUUUACAACACGUUCAAAACAGAAUACCAACUAGAGAAAUAUCUUUCAACAAUAAAAAAUUCAACCGAAAGGAAAGCACUCACAAAAUUUCGAGUGAGCAACCACAAAUUAAUGAUUGAGUUAGGUCGCUAUCAAAAAAUACCAAGGGAAGAACGACUGUGUGAAAUCUGCCAGUCAGGGGAAGUGGAAGAUGAAUACCAUUUUGCAAAUUCGUGUAAAGCCUACAGCAACCAAAGAGAGAAUUUUUACACCACUCUCAGAAACAAGCCAACCAUUAUCAUAGAUCAGGCACAAUUAGUAGAUAUAAUGAAAUCUACAGAGCACGAGACUAUUUUAUCUCUGUCGAAAUAUAUUUCUUCCUGUUUUACGGAAAGAAAUAGAUACCUUGAAAUUGGGAUUGCUGUCAGUUAAUUAUUAACAUACUAUUUCUCUAAUCUUAGAAAGUUGAAUGAAAAUUUUUCCUAUAUCUUGUAAAUAGAUCUUAUUGGUUAUCUGUUAUUUGUUAUUGGGAUUGACUAUAUAGUUAUUAUAAUGCAUGUACUUCUUACUAUUUGUAAACUUGGAAUUUCUACCUUUUUACUAUAUUUAGACUAUUUGUAUUUAGAUUAUUUAUAUUUAGAUUAUUAUGCUUUAGCAAUACCUGUAAUUUAAGGUCAUGCCAAUAAAGCUAUUAUAAAUUGAAAUUGAAAUCAAUCAAGCCCCGAGAGUAUUGACUCGACCAGACUCAACCAGGCCCUAAAGUGACUUGACUCGACUACUGACGGACUGUCCGCUUAGGAGCUUGCGAAGACUGACUUUGCGUCCAGAAGUAAACGCCGAUCCGAUUAUUAUCACAUUGCAGGUGAGGUUUGAUAAUAAAUUCAUCUUGCUAUUUAUUAUCAUUCUACAGGUUGCAAAUGGUCAGCGUCAUCUGAUUAAGUAUUAUUCUUUGAAGACCAGGCAUUUUAUUGGCAACACAUCAAUGGACGCUCAGUUAGCACUUCUUAUGGCGAACAUGGCAAAAGUACGUAAAAUAUCGAAAUUCUUCUUAAUUUGAUAACAGACUUUGUGCCAUAUUGAGCUCCGGUUCAACUUGACUCACAUACACAUAUUAGUUUUUUGUUCGUUAUUUUCGUUCCUAAUGUCGCUGACAUACAGUCGGUAGCAAAGUAAGCAAACACUAUAUUUUUAUCAUUAUUUCUCCACCAAGAAUCUAUCAACUGCAUUGUUCUAACAUGCAUUAUUGCUCUUUUACUUUAAAGUUGUUUAUGAAGAGAGGACAGGCUGAUGUCAGUUUGUCAUGCACUGCAGCAAAGUUAAAAUCAACACUGUAAAAUACUGUAGAAUCAAGCGAAUAAAAUCGACAAUUAAGUUUAAUCGGAAAAAAUACCUUCAAUAACGAACUGAUUUUACAAAAUUGAUACCAAUCGCAAUUUUUUUGCCAUACAGAUAUGAAGUGUACUGUUCCGUCACACAUUUUGUCAUGCAUACACGGAAUGGAAGCGUUAUAACAUUUUGACAUUCAGUUAUACAAAAAAUUUUUUCGUACACAGUUUUAUUUCAAAAACUGAAAAACCGCAUGUAAGCAAGCCUCUGAUGUUUUGUAUUAAAAUAUCACGUUUUAUUAAAAUAUUAAAAUUCGUUUUUGGUAGUGCAAAGAUGGAAUGUUUGUUUAUGAUCCAUUUGUUGGAACAGGUAGGAAUCACACAUUUCCUGUUUAUCAUACAUGCAAUAAAACCUCACAUAUAAGAACCGAGAAUUUAAGAACCUGCUAAAAUUUUAUGUAGUCCCCUUUUAAAUAAGAACCUGUUUAGGCUGGAAUUUCAAAGCAUAUUAUCAUAUAGAGUCAAAAGUAAAAAUUUCAAAAUCAAAGAAAAUAAGCUCUUCACAAAGUAAUGAAAAUGAUCCAGAACCCUGGAAAUGUCAUUCAGAUAAAUAACAUGUCUACAGGGUUCGAAAUAGCUGCCGGCGAUAGCCGGCAGUUUUAGGACCUUGCCGGCGAUUUUUGAUUUCAAAGCAUUUAAGUGAUCGGUGAAAAUGUUUGCUAUUCACCGAUGACUCGCUUACAACAACACAUACACAUACACAUAGCUUGUUAAUGUUCGUUCCUAUACACCAAAUAAAAUGUAUUGCUGUGUUCUUACAAAUGUUGUAUUGGUUUACAUCACUAUUAUUUGGCCUAUGGCUAUGCCCACUCCAGAACAUAACUAAACUUUGCUUGGAAAACAGCCGGCAAAAAUUUUCACUUACAAAAAACAGCCUACAAAAUUUGACAUAUUUUCAGAACGUUAUUUCGAACCCUGUAUCUAUAUGAACACAACAACAAAUAAUUGUAUUUUUUCAGUGAAAAUACUACAUGAAAAACAUCACCGAACGUAAUGUUUUCCAACAACAUGGACUGUCAGAUAAUUUAUGCAUAAUUUAUAUAAAUUAUAUACCACACCUACCGAAAAUGAGUGGCUUUUUUCUUAAGAAGAUAAGAACCUAUUUAACUAAGAACCUGUUUAGCCCAAUUUCCUGGUAAGCACCAUCUACUUCGGAUGUCAAAAAAUCGUUGUCCUGUCUGAAUGGAAAUCCAAGCUUCCAACUUCUCAUUGUUCUAUAUGUUGACCAAGGGAAAAUGAAAUUUGUUCGAGGUAGCGUCCGUAGCGAAGAGUUCGAAUCAAGCGAGUUUGAGUUAACCAGAGUAAAUUGCUAUAAAAAUUGGGCCAAACCCAGGGAAAACUGGAUUUAUUUCAACUGGUUCUACUAAUGUAUAUUAUAUAUUCUCGUCCCUUUCUGCUUGUUGAUCGAUCUGGAACUGUGUCCUAUAUGCUUGCGUGAGGCCAAAAACGUUUCGCUCAGACAUUUCUACAACAUCAACUGACGCUCCAAACUCAAGUGCCGAGGUCUUCCAUUCAGAGGAAUAAUUAAUUCUCAAACAGUAUGAUCUCCAAGAAAAAAUUGUAAAAUAGUGUUGAUAUUUUAUAGGGAGUAUCCUGGUAGCAUGUUCUCAUUUUGGCUCCUAUUCCAGUGGCAGCGAUAUUGACAGAACUUUACUGCUUGGCCGAGGUGAUAAAGACACAAUAUAGUUUGUAAAAUUAGAAGAAUGUAAGAAUUUAGCCUAAUGGAAGAUAUCUUGGUUUUCAGGACAUCCAUCCAGAGCACAAGCCAAAGGAAAAUGGCGAGGUAAGAACAGUGAUUACGGGACCCACUGAGUAUUUUAAUAAAAUAUAAAACAACGGUAACUCCGAAAAUAAACAUUUUAAUCGUUUUAGCUUUCGACUAAGAUUCAGUCGUCAUCAGGAAUUAAUUCCUGAUGAUGACUGAAUCUUAGUCGAAAGCUAGAAUGAUUAAAAUGUUUAUUUUCGGAGUUACCGUUGUUUUAUAUUUUAAAAAUAUACAUAUAUAAAUGCUGGAACGACAACUUCAGAUAAAACGUCCUAUAGUUGGGUGAACCCAUGUGGCGGCCUAUUGGGUGAUCUCUUGUAUAUAAUCAUGGGCGGAUUUACUGGGAGGGGGGGGGGGGUUAGCCGGGGUUAUUGUAUACCCCACCUAGAAUCUCUCUAACUCCUCUAAUAAAGCGUCCAACCCCAUCAAAAUUUCGCUUCACCCCUCCUAUUUUGUGUGAAAGGCUUUAACCCAAACGCUUAACCCCUGCCGAAGCUCACUGAAUGGUGCUGCUUGCACCCCACCAGAAAUUUUUCUACCCCUCCUUUUAUAUAGAUGAAAAUCCGCCCUUGUAGAGAUUAUAAAAGAAUAGAGCGGGCAUUGCAUGAAAAGUUCAGGCAAACGAAAGGGACAAAUUGAAGCUUGCUAAAGGCUGAUUUGGACUACACAACUUUUGCCUAAAACUGUCGCAUGCACCCUGCUUAUACAACUUGAGUUGUCCUGUGUAAAUCAAGGACACAACUCACUUACAUUGUCGUAGGAGAGUUGUAUUCUUGAUUUACAGAGUACAACUCAAGUUGUAUUAGUGAACGAUAUCUUUGUGUGUGCGUUUCAGAAAAAGACGAGAGUGUUAAGUCAAACUUUAAAAUGUACAACCUCCGUGAUCGUUAUAUUGAUGUUUGGAUGGGAGAUCAAAUGAAUACUGCGUUAAGAAGAAGGCCUAUGUUUGACGCUAUUGUCACUGACCGUAAGUGCAAAUGGGAAUACUUUAAUUCAAAGGGUAUCUAGUGCAAAAAUUUGGGAGUUGCAUUCAGAGUCAGUCAACACUCUGCUGAAAGUCGUGGGUUUUCUCCGCAUGGCUUUGCUAUGGUUUCCUCCCACAGGGAAAGUUGACAGGUUGGGUUAUGAUAAACACAGUUAAGAGAGUAAUAUCACAAUUGUUGUAAAGAUAAACUAGUCUAGGCUAAGUAAGUAAUUUAUUAUAGGCAAGUGUAAUGACUUGAUGUAAAGCGUAUUUGAUCAUAGCCACAUGUAAAUCGUAAUCGUCCACAGUUCAAUAUAAUUCUGAAAACUUGGUCUGACAUUGUGUCAGACCACUCCAUGUUUUGAUCGGACAUGAUCGGACACUAAAUUAUUCUCAAGAGGGACGUUGUCAGUUAUCACAGUACUAGAAACCAAAACCGUAACAACUACCAAAAGUCCAAAAUCGUAUGCAUAAUGGUUAACAAAAUUACACAAUAUCAACGGCAAGUUACUCAGUAACAGUAUAUAUAUUAAUAGACGCGGUUGUUUUAAUAAUUGACGAGAAUUGAGAGACAUUGUUACUAUGUGGAUCGGGACGAAGUCAAAUUCUAUGAUUGUUUAGCAGACGGAAUCUUUGUUUGCAUGUAUUAAAGAUUACAGAUUUUGUUAAAAAGAUUUGAACAAUAAAGGAAGAAAUGUUGAAAUGAGACAAAACGGUGCAGAGCAAUAACUUACUGAAAAUAUAAACCAUGAUAUGAACAAACUCAGAGAAUGGCUAAUUAGAAAUAAAUUACAACACCAUCCAGCAAAAACGAAAGUAAUGUAUAUACAGGAUCGAGGCAUAACCUCAAAAUUAUGAAUGAUGAUCUUCCCGUAGUUAUAAAUAACCAGCUGGUUCCUCGUGAGAGGUUAUUUACCUGUCUUGGAGUGAAACUGGACGAAACUCUUGAAUGGAAUGAACAUAUUGAAGUGAAUCAAGUGAUUUGUAAAAAGGUCGCGGCAGGCUCGGCGGCAGGUAUAGGAAUGAUGAAGCGUAUUAAACCUUUCGUCCCUGCCAACACCUUACAAACAAUUUACCAAGCGUUAAUUAUACAGCCCUAUUUUGAUUACUGUUCUUCCUUAUGGGAAGUUUGCAGCAAACAACUCAAAGAUAAACUUCAGAGAUUCCAAAAUCGGGCUGCAAGAAUUAUAGCCGGUGCAAGUUUUGAAACGCGAUCUGCUGAUGUUCUUCGCUCCAUUGCCUGCGACGAUCUAGAGACAAGACGGUGUACAACUAAAUCAACAUUGUUGUACAAAGUCUUGAAUGGCUACAUCGGCCCUAAAACUGUCUGUACCAGUGUAGGUAGUACCAAUGUGAAAAAGAGUUUCUGCUUAUUUUUUAAGGUAGUAAUAUAACCACUCAGCACAGCAUUUUUACAUCGGCCCUAACCUUAAGGAGUCUCUAAUAUUGAGAAACACUCGCCAAACUAACUACGAUCUUAGAAAUAGUCUAACAGAUUUAACCCUUCCUAAAUCAAAAAGAGAGUACCUUAAAAAGAGUUUCAAUUAUAGUGGAGCUAAAUUGUGGAAUAGCCUCCGUUUGAUGCAAAGGUAGCGGAAUCUGUUAGCCAAUUUAAGAAUAUUAUUAGAACUAAUGAUAGCUAAAUGAUAUUUGUGGUCACACCAGUAACAUUUACAGUGUAAAUAUUUCUUUUCUGUAAAUAGUUAAUAUUUGACGCCCCCCAUGGAAAUCAGCUAAUUGCUGUCGGGGCCAGCGUCAUUAAAUAAAGUUUUACCAUACCAUACCAUACCGUACCAUACCAUACCAUACCAUACCAUACCGUACCAGUAGACGGCCAUAUCAGCAUUUUGCUCGGCUAAUGGCCGGUAGCUGACCGUUAUAGUGAGCCCUGUAAUCGUCGUAUAAUUACUAGCAAAACCUCUAAAAGACCAUCUGCAUACUGAGGUAACUUACACGUGCCGAUGUUAACCUGGGUGAUCUUGCAUGCUUUGGACUGUUCUUGUAUUAGAACCGCUCUCGAAUAUGCUUGUCAGUUAUCUCACAGUACUAAAUAUUUGUCAGAUGAAAUCGAACGUAUGCAGAAAGAGCUAUAUAUGCAAAUAUUUACCUGGAAAUUCUUAUUCUAUUGCUCUUACAAAGGCUGGACUUAUUAACGAAAUUGUAAAUAAUAACGAACAUGAACUGAAAUCUUUAUUAACAUCUAAAUCGAGCUUUUAUGCUAGUCGAUUAAGAACGAUGAAAACUGUUCAACUUCAUGAGAUAAUUUCAUUUUUCCAGCUCCAUACGGUAUUAGAGAAGGAAGCAGGAAACUGGCCAAGGCACUUGAUCAGAGAACUGAAGCUAAUCAAGAAAUCGACGGGCAAGUCAAACGAUUGAAUGAUAUAAUAACGGCUUAUUGACCGAGCGUGAGGUCUGUACAAUCUCGUUCCCCGAGCCUGCGAUCCUCUGGAAGGAGACGAAGGCUCUGGAAUAAUCCGUUGCCGAAAGCCAGGAAUUCUGGCUAAGAUUGAACUGCACAUUCCAUAUCAACGGCCAGUCAGAUUCCUCCCUGAAACGGAUUAUCCCAGAGCCUUCGUUUCCUUCCCAAGGACCGCAGGCUCAGGGAACGAGAUUGGAGGUCUGUACUGUGAAAUAUCAGACCGAGGUUUUUUAGUAUGGACAGAGCGACGAAGGAGCGAGGUCCAUGCAAAAAAACAGAGGUCUGGUAUUUCACAGUACAGACCGAACAAGCGAGGUCAAUAAUCGGUUUAUUAUAUGGCUGAACUGAGUCUGUGAGCAUAUGCUUUUCGCGCGAAUUAAAUCGGCUAUGGUCAGUUUCACUGGGUAACAAUAUACGGUAGGCAUGCAUGCUCAAUCAAAAACAAUUUGGUUGUUUGAAAUUUUUAUCUGUAAAUUUUAAUGACACACAAUUGGAAAAUUGAAAAGCAAAAUUUUUUUCUGUUUGCAAAGCAAAAAUUUCCCGCCAGAUAAACGACAUCCUGGACACUAGUCCAGAUACGGAAAAUACGGACCACGGUCCGGAUAUGGGUUUUUACGGACCGCUUGUCAACCAAUCAGAAUAUAGAAUUUUGGAAAGCCAUAUAAUAAUAUGUAAUAUUAGACUGUUACAUCAAUCAGUUAUGGGUGGGGUUAUUUACACUGUGUCCUCUACCGGCUGAUAGUUUCAGCAAAUUAAAUGCUAUUCAUAUGUGGAAAACGUUUUUGCAGAUACUUUUGACCACUAUCAUCAUAUGAAAUCAGUGAGCUGUCCGCCAUCUUGGAUUAUUGUGGAUAUGCAAUUUGCAGGCCUGUAGGCCGAUUUGAAAGAACCUUUUCUUUUAUCUAGGUUUAAGUUACCGUCGACGCAAAGUUGUCUCCUUUCAGACGCCAUAUACAAUUUAUUGGAAUUUGCUGUUAUGUAUCUGGUGCUGUAUGGGCGUCUGGUCUUUUGGCUUCCUACUCACAGAACCACGUACGUCAUCAAAGCUGUAGUACCAUGCACGUUUAUUGUCGAUUUCAACUCACUUUGCCAUGGACCGCGCAGCGCUUUUACGAUUGAGGGGCUGGUGUUGAGAUGAACUAAGAGAGGAAGGCCCUCCCCCAAAGAAAUUUCUGAAAAUUACAAACACGGAAAAUGCAUUUCACUGGGGGAAAAAGUGAAAUCGAUACUUUGAAAUUUGCAAUUGCGCCACUAAAUCGAUAGUAUAUCCAUACUAUUUCCAUACUAUAUCCAUAGUAUGGAAAUAUACAAUUAUUAUGGAUAACCAAAAUCCAUCCUAUUUCCAAUAAAGGUCCAUACAAUUUCCAUUCUAUGACCUUCUAGGGAUUUAUAUGGAAUUAUUUUAAAUUAUUUCGAUUAUAAAUCAAGUCUAUUUAUAUGGAUUUAUAUGGAAUUAUGGAUAACCAAAAUCCAUUCUAUUUCCAAUGAAGGUCCAUACAAUUUCCAUUCUAUGACCUUCUAUGGAUUUUCAAAUUUUUUCCCCGUGUUUCCAGCUAUUGCCCACAAUAAUUUUGUUUGAAGUAACCUGAGUAUGUUGCCUGAUGAGCAUGCCACUAUUAGUAUUUAUUAUAGUACUAGUAUACCAAUUUCCCAAACCAAGCUCGAAAGAGCAUAUUCAUUCAGUAUCAUGAAAAUUAUGGGGGGGGGGGACAAAUACGCAAGCCCAACUUGGCGAGUUGCUUACUAAUGUACCUAACUUGUAUUUGACUGUACAUGUUUUUUAUGACUUGUUAUCAAAGCAUUGACAAAGCACAACAUGUUUGCAUACAGGCAUAUAGCGCAGGAAAAUCAUCCACAUGUUGUACUUUGUAUAUGAUGAAACCGUAUUGUAUAUGAUGAAACCGUAUGAUUUUCAAUAGGUUUUAGACUUGCACCGCUAUAGGAUAUAUUAUCUUAUUACUCCCCCCCCCCCCUCCUGGUGAAAAAAUCCUGCAUACGGCCCUGAAGUAUUUGAUGUCGGGUCAAUAUUUUCAUAGGUUUGGUCACCAAAAUAUUCCAGUUCAUCCAUGUUUAAAGUUGUUACAUGUGAGUGAACAAGUCAUCUCUGCGAAUGUGUCCAGACACUUGAUCACAAUGGAGAAGAUCAGAGAACCGCAGGCAAGCAAUUUGACUUGAUUAUUUUAAACCCAUUCUCGUCCCCAGAGCCAUUUUCACUCGGUCAUUCGUUGAAAUUUAGGCUCUGGAUUAGACGACUAAAGGGUGAGAUUUGAUUGGCUUCUCGGAAAAGUGUAUUUCGCAGACGUUGAGCGGUUUUUGCCAGGCAAAAAUAUCCUAUCAACAUAUGUCAACACAAAUACUUCGUUUCUUUGUAAUACUUCACUGUGAAAGUUGUUACGGGUGCUAAAGUGUCCCAGGUUUUCUUGCACUUCCGGUUCCGUGUGUCCCAGGGCCUACGGGGGACGCGAGAGGCCCUGAGGACGAGGAUGUUUUAAACCAUGCAUGUAGUAAAUUUUAUAAAUUCAUGCUCCGGUCAAACGAGCAUGAAAGUUGACGAGAGUUAAAAACUCUCGCUUGCGUUUGAGCGCCAACUCUUAUUGACUCUCAGCAUUUUCAUCAACUUUGAGCUUGUCCCCCCUCCCGUUAAGGCCCGUUUAUAUUUGUAUUUCUUGCUGCGAUUUUCUUUUUCUAAUGCAUGCGAAAUGAGUAGAUGAAUCAGUAUGAAUGUUCCGAGUGUAUACACCCUUAGACUUACCCCAAGUCUCGCUCGAUCCAGAGACUGCAUAGACCCAAUUGAGGGGGGCGAGAGGGGAUCGGCUGUACACCCCACCCAUCCCCACACUCCAAUGUUUUUUCGAGUGUAGUUUCAAUUCCGACGAAGUGAACGCAUUGGGUUCAUACUGUUAAAAAGUUAUUUCUUAAGACCUACAUAUUUUCCCCAAGUGUCUCCACAAUGCAGGAAAUCUCGUUUCAGAGACAAAACUUGAAAUUUUUCCGGCGGAGCAUGCCCUCCAGACCCUCUGGAAUAAAUAAAAUCCUGGCGGCACCACUGAUCUUAAAUUCUGUAAAAAAUGAAGCCAAUUUGAGACUGGCCCAUUCUCAUUCAUCAGAAGAAAAUUGCAAGGUAUAAACGGCCUUUAGUUGAGGCCUACUUUGGGGGCCAAGGUCGCCUAGCCUAACUGAGUCUAUUCCCUUAAUGUCACCUAAUUUCGCCUAAUGUCGCCCAGCGGCGCAUACUAAUAUACUUUUCUUUGAAAAUUGCCAAUGUUGCCUAAUGUCGCACAAUGUUGCACAUAAUAACGGCGACCUUGGCCCCCAAAGUAGGCAUUGCAUGCGUACACACUUGGGGGUUUGCUUCCAGGUGAUUGUAUCAUAACAAUCCCGACAGCUUUCUAGGUUAAAAUGUUGUCUCUGUGUGUGCCCACACCUCGGUGGGAAUCAAACCCGCGACCUUUGGUUUGCUAUAGUCCAAAGGCAAGACCAAGCAAACUUUUCAGUUUGCCCGGUGUGGACGCACUCAUCUUCACCUGAGUGCAUGACACCAGGGGCCGGUUGUUCGAAGGUGGGUUAGCGCUAACCCUGGGUUAAAAUUUAACCUGCUGCUUUAAUUUGUGUAUUUCUACACGUCUGUUUAUUUCAAAAUUUCUGAGAAGAAAACUCCUAUCGAUCCAGACAAGAUCUCUGAAGAAAUAUUUCCAAAUUUAUAGACAAGCUGUCAGGACGUUUGCUUCGAAUUUUAGGUUAACCAUUAACCCAGCUUUGAACAACCGGCCCCAGAAAUAGAAACAUUCAUCGUCGUAAAAACACAUUAAUAUGGAAAGAACUAGACUGAGUUCCGAAAUAUCACCCACAUGCACUAACCGACUUGACCUCGUAGCUCAGUUGGUAGAGCAUUGGACUAGCAAACCGGAUGUAGAGGGUUCGAUUCCCACCGCGGUCAAGCAAACUUUUCAGCUUGUUCCUUAUGGAUACACUCAGAGACAACAUCACAAACACUAUAUCUUCACCUGAAUCCAUGACACCAGAGACAGCAAAAUUCACUUUGUAUUUUUAUCUUUGAUUUUUGUUUUUCAGGAAGGUGACAUAAUCAGUAUUGACGAAGUCGCAAAAGAAAUUUACGAUCAAUUCAGAAAUCAAUAUUUCAAAAUGACAGAUGUUGGAUGAUGACAAUAUGAUCGUGUUGAGAUCAUGAACCGUGAGUAAGGGUCGAGAAUUCUUGAUCUCCAAACAACGUAAUCUUACCAGUGAUGCUGCAAUUCGUACAGAUGUGCAAGGAUUUUCUCAGGAGGAAACCUCUGGGCGCGAUCUGUUGAAUUUCAUAGCCCACUCUGCGCCACUCCACAGGUUAAGCUAAACUACUUCGUACGUGAAUGAGAAUAAAUUUCCCUUCAUACCAACAUACAUAAACUGCGGUGGCCACCAUUUUUUAACUGGGGGAACAAUUGCACCCCCCCCCCCCCAAGGAAUCAGAUUUGCCCCUCAGUCACAUGAUUCUGCCCCUGGAAAAAUAGCUCAAACAUUUCCCGGGUUGACACUCAUACAGCCCAACCAACACAUAAAUUCACCUGCGCAAAAUCAAUCUGAUUUUCUGAGCGAUUUAAAGUCACAGACAUAGUUAAAGUUACAGUAAAAUAUUAAAGCCUUUCCCUCCAGUGAAAAUUUCUUAAAAAACACUGACUGAUGGAAAUUGUUAUUUUAACAUUUUGUUGAAAUUUACACCAAACAAAUGCCAAUGGCUAACAAAGAAGAAUAAAAUAUAUAAAUAUUUAUAUUUAAUUCCUAUAAGUAACAAAGUAGUUUUUAUAAAGUCUAUUAAUUAUAAGUUAGAAUUUCUCUCCGG